UGAAUACCAGGGUCUAUAAUACCCAAAAGAACGGACUCAAAGCGCCCUACCUUACUUAUGGGUCCACAUUCUCAAUGAAUGCCGAAACGACUGCCCUAACAUCUAUUUCGUCAAGGUUAUAGUCUAACUACUUUAGCAUAAGCGCGGCCUUCCUUAUCAUUUGCCUCUCAAAUGAGACCAAAUGAUUACACAUUUUUUUCCUCUAUGUUCAGAUUUUCCACUAAAGGAAUAUAUGGGAAAAAAGCCCCAUCCGAAGAAGGGGAACUGGCUGCUUCGUUUAGGUCUGGCAGAAGAAGGAGUUGGUAUGGUGAUGGUGACAAUAACCUUUUCUCAUAAGAAGUGGAAUUGCUUGAUCUUAAAGGGGACCCUUGAUGUGACUAAGGCAGCUUUACUGUAGGUGUGAAAAUGGAGGGGAAUUCUAUUGGGCUGAAGGCAGGUGACUUUGGGUUAGUGUUCAGUGACAAUGGUAGCUAACAUUACAUGAGAUGCGGUUGGAAGCGAGGCAGCAGUCUUUCUAUGUUUUCCACUCUAACGAAGCUUCUCUGGGUGAGCUUAGAUGACCCGAAGCAAUGACCAACUCAAUUCUCUCCGCCCUUUGCGGAGGAGUUUCUUUUUCUUAAACAGUCCCGUCUCGAACCGGAGGCACCCACUAGUAGUAGGGGGAGCCCAUAAUUGACCCGGGUAGGCGAGCUUCACAGCUAGGGGCUAUAGUUACCAGUUUCUAGUUACUUAGCGGGUAUUCCCCAGCACGGCUUAUGCGGAUCUCUCUCUCUACUACCAGGGAACGGGUUAGAAUCCCCAUCGCUGGAGAAGGAAGAAGUGUGAAAGCAAUCAAGCCAAAGCAAUACUUAUUCCUUCAACGGUAAGAGCUGCAGAUGAAAUAGCAGUGGUUAUGCCGACAUCUACUCAAAGAAGAAUAGUAUUAGAGUCAAGACCGGUGCUAUCCCCUUCCCCUGCUACGCUUCCUUACUCAACAAUCAAAGAAGCAUUUUCGAUUCCCCGAUCCACUCUCGUGCUAACAUGCUAACAGCGGUUUAGGUAAGCCAGGGGCUAAGCGGGAAUGCCCUAUCUAAGAGCCUACUUCCUUCUGAUCUCUCUGCUCUUGGGGAUUCAUCUCUACCUUUUUCAUAAAAUGUAGUGGCCAAACCAGAUAGUCCAUUUCCUCUCUUUUCUCGCUCCUCAAGAAAGACGGCUAGAAACUUCCUAUUAGGAAUGGCUUCCUCACUUGUUUGAUUUGAAAUGGCACGAUGCUUAACACAUGUAAUUGGAGUAUGUUUCGGGGCUUAUAGAAGCUCGUGCAAAGAAGAUUUAUAGGAGAGAAAAGGGGAUUCCGGUAUAUCGUAUAAAAGAGAAAGGAUUCAUUUAGGAGCGCUCUUUUCAUCCAACUCGAAAUAUCGUAAGAGAAGAAAGAUCGUAACGUAAGUAACUUAGCGCUAAAGCACGCGGCGGAGAUCCGCAAAAGGCUUCGGACUUGCCUUGGGACUUAGUUGGACCAAAGCGAGGUUUGGAGUCUCGAAAAAUGACCUUACCAAACUGAUAUUAUGAGAAAUACUCGUGCGAGACUUUUUAGAUAUUUGCUUCCCUUUAUUUCUUUAAUAACUUCACAGUUUUUAUUUCGUUUUCUAGGAUCAGAAAACAGAAUGAUAAAACUACUAGUGCUUUUGGGAAUCGUGAUUUUAGGUUUGAUCUUCCUGUUUCAUUAUUUUCAUAGAAGGUAUGGCUCUCGACUUUUAUGUAUUAUGCUUCUUUUUUUCACCUCCCUCUUUUGCUAUUCUAUCCGUAUCUAUGUAGUUUCGGAUAUUGGUUUUUUAUUCUCUGAUGUGUUGACAGUGUUUAUGGGCACUUGUGCGGUUUUGGGGUCGGGUGGUGAAGUGACUCCCCAUUCCGAAAAUAUCAAAGCAUCCAGCUCGGAAGCUACGAGCCUAGGCCAAGUGCCGAACAGGAAUGAUGCAGGCCCUUCUAAUCCUGGGCUAGACAUUGCUCUACAUGGGCGAGCCCUCCCCUUUGCCGUAUCUUUUGCCUUGCGGAAGGUGGGCCUAAGAGGGGGACUGGCCUUAGCAAUAGGAGGUGCUUUACAAGCACUAAUAUAUUCCUACGAUGACAUAGGUAUGUCUGUGCUACCCACGGGAUCGGAUUCCACUUCUUCGGGCACAUCAAGCUCUAACCCGGGUAAUCCCGUUGUACCCCCUAUUGAUCAAGGUGUACACGGCGAAGUUCAACAAGAUACAAUUUGGGAUGCAGUAGACGCUGAGGAAAGGAGGAAGGAGGCAGAACUCCGUAACUCCAAGGAAUGGAAAGAAAGUGAACGUCACCUGCUCAAGGUGGAAAACGUAAAAAAAGCCAUAGGCCAACGAGCGAAGGAAAUCGCUCUAUUCCAAAGACCAUUGGACUUAUUAGUCGCUACUAUAGGCUCGCAACCUCUCGACUUUGGUUGGACAUGCCAUUUUGACAAUGGUGCUGGCAGUUCCAAUCUUCCCGCCUUGAUUCCCCCGGAAUCGGCGGCAAGUUCCGAAGUGGGUGUGGGUUCACACGAAGGUUCUAGCUCGGGGUGGACCUCUUUCGACCUCGACGUUUUAGCGGAAGAGGAAGAUGAGGUUGCCCGCCCCCUUCCAAAUCCGAUCGACCCGGGGACGGAGGACCGCAUUUAUAGAGCAGUUGAUGCAAUCAAUACAAACUGCAAAAAUGAGGAGGCUAGGAUGGUGGAAAGAGCACGUGAAAUCUUUCUCGGGAAAGGCGUUUUUCUCGAUAAAAAUGACGAUCAAGAUAUCGCGCGUGCCAUCAACAUGGCUCUCUACGAUGCCUGGGAAACAGACAUCGAUAGGCGGCUAGAGCAGUUCCGAAGGAUACGACGCUUCUUAGGGACAGUCUAUUUUAUAACACAAUGUAACAAGUUCUUAUUGGAAUUGAUAGACCGCCCAGAUAUUGAGUCUGUCAAGAUAGGUAUUCGGGGAAUUCUCCUUAAUAGACGAAAUAUUCCUAUUAUGUCAAUGCCAAUUGAAUCAAUGUUAUUAGCUGUGAAUUCGAACUUUUUGGUAUUUUCCGUUUCUUCGGAUGAUAUGAUGGGUCAAUCAUUUGCUUCAUUGGUUUCAACGGUGGCUGCUGCGGAAUCAGCUAUUGGGUUAGCCAUUUUCGUUAUAACUUUCCGAGUCCGAGGGACUAUUGCUGUAGAAUUUAUUAAUAGCAUUCAAGGUUAA